UCUCUCCCUCUCUCUCUCUAUCCAUCACUCUGUCCUCUAAAUAGAGCCACUCCCUCCUUACCCUACCCGCCAAGUCAUAACAACUUCACUAAAGCUUGUCCUUCUCUUCUUCAUCCCCUGUGUCAAUGCUAGAAUGGUGUCAUUGAGAAACUCUCGACUCGUUGUCUUCAAUUGUCAGGGUGGUGGACAGCCUUAAAGAACUAAGACAACAUUAUGGGGUUUGGUGGGGUUAGGACUAGGAAGUUUCUUUUUGGAGCUCUGGUUUCUGUGGGAGUCAUCUGGUUUAUGUUUCUUGCAAUCUCAUUCAACCGUCAGACCAAAAGGACAGUUCUAGUUCCAUACAAUGUAAUCUCCAAGCACUUGAAGUUGGUUCACAUGGAGAGGCACGCCUUGCAUCCCAAGUCUGGACUGAUCUAUGUCAGCAAGAGACGAGUACCUAAUGGACCUGAUCCCAUUCACAACAGGAGAGCGGUGAAUUCUAGACAGCCUCCUACGCGAGCUUGAGGAUUCUCUGAGGUCCACGUAUAAUACGAGGAAACAAGAAAAUACGCAAGAAACUACAGAUUUUCACUAUUCCCAUUUGGAAGGACUCACCUUGUAUUUCUAUAAGAUAUUGUUAUGCCAUAGUAAUGCUUGUGCUUGAAAUUGUAAGUGUGCUCCUUUUUUUUAUAUUUCCCUGAGUUUUAUCUAUGAUCGCCAUGUAAAGCAAGCUUGGGUAAUGAAGUGAUCAAAAUUUUGAAAGUAAUUGUAAUGUAUGUCUUCAGAUUCAUAAUUUAUGGCUGCAGGAUUGCAAG